AUGCUUUCAUUCUUGAAGGCCAAGAUACUCUACAAGGCCUGCUUUUCCUCUUCUCACCAGAAGCGCACAUACACUGGUGUUGCAGCGCACCCACAUACUACUGCGUCUGCGGCGCCUGGAACUGCUAUUUCGAGACCCGAUCCUGCCCCCGUGCCAUUGCCACAGCCGCAGCGGCUGACGCCAGACCAGCCUCCUGAGCACGACGCCGCCGCCGACGAACUCACGCUGCUGCGUCCGGGCUCCAGGCGAGCCGAUCCCGCAUCCGGCGCCAGCCGCUGCUGGCCCGGCUCCCACCGCAAGCUCAACCGUACGUCGCUACUGCUCGACGCGGCAACCAUGCGCGAGUAUACGUUGGCCUUGGAGCACCUGGUCGAAGAGAACCCCGCCCACGACCACCUGCAGCAAUACCGCCUCGCCGUGCCGUCACGUGACGACACCGCAAACACCCCGCCCAGCGUCUGCUCCUCGCCCCCCUCAAGCUUUGCAUCCACCAGCCCUAUAACCUCGCCGCAUUGUUCGCUCUCCACGGCCUCGUCCCCGCUGUCCGACGUCUCCAUCCAGGAGCUCAUCUACGAUGAUUGCGAAGAACAGGAAAAAUAUGCAUUAGCCGCUGCUGCCGUUGCAGCAGCAACAAUGAGCACCCCGGCCUGCGGCGCCGGCCCCAGAGCCCUGCCUGGCGGCCCCGUCGUCUGUUGCAGGGAGCGGGCUCCCUGCUGCAGCGGCGCUAGCAAACAUGCCUUCGGUCUUCCACCCACUGCCACCGUAGCCCCUUGUAACACCAGGCUCAUAGUCGUGGACAACCCCAUCGACCAUGGGCUCCGCACCACGCGCCCGCCGCCCAAGACCCUACAUACAGAGUGUCUUAUAUCCUUCGAAGAGGACGACGACACAUAUAUAGCGCCCCCUUGCAACAGAACGCUGCUGGAGUUCUGA